AUGAACGCGGUAUCGGACGACCAGCUGGACUACGACGUCUGUGUAAUCGGCGCUGGUAUAGCAGGGAUCGGGUUCGCGUACAGAUUGCAGGAACGCAUGGGCAAAGACCUGAAGUACUGCGUGCUUGAAGGUCGCCAUGAAUUGGGUGGGACAUGGAGCCUGUUCCAGUAUCCAGGGACUCGGUCUGACUCCGACAUGCACACUUUCGGCUACCCGUGGCGUGCAUGGACCCGAAAAGAGAUCAUCGCACCACGCGCAACGAUCAUGGAGUAUCUGAAAGAAUGCACUGCAGCGGAAGGCAUCGACUCAAAGAUUCUAUACCAGCACCGAGUCGAGCGCAUGUCAUGGUCAACGGCUUCCAAGAGUUGGUCAUUAGACGUGACAGUCGGAGGACGUGAUACCAGCGUUACCCAAACAGUGAUCAGAGCACGCUUCCUCCUGCUCGGGACAGGCUACUAUGACAACAAAGUGCCACUCGAGGCGCACAUACCUGGGAUCGAAAACUUUGGCGGCACAACCAUACACCCCCAAUUCUGGCCUUCAGGCUUCGACUACCGUAACAAGAAUAUCGUGGUGAUCGGCUCCGGCGCCACGGCGAUCACCAUCGUGCCGGCUAUGGCUCAGGAGGCCGCUCACGUGACUAUGUUGCAACGCUCACCCAGUUACAUCAUUGAGGGAAAGUACGACGACAGUCUGUAUGAUCGAGUGGUGAAACUCCUGUGGCCGACCAGAAUGGCGUCUUGGUUCAUCCGGGUAAAAUGGAUCCUAAUGUCGAUCUUCAUAGUCACGUUCUGUGACAAGUUCCCUCAGGCUGCAACGAAAGCCAUGAAUGCGCAGACCAUGAAGUUGUUACCUGCUGGGAUGAAUCUGGCUCCGGAUUUCACGCCAUCAUACACGCCGUUUCAGCAGAGAUUUGUCAAGACCGGCGCCAUCGACAAGGUCACCAAGACCAGCAUUAUCCUGAAGUCGGGCGAGGAGCUUCACCCAGAUGUUAUCAUCACAGCAACAGGUCUGAAGCUGCAGCCCCUGGGCGGCAUCGAGAUCAUGGUGGACGACAAACCUUACGACGUAUCCCAGCACUUCGUCUGGAAGAGCUCAAUGCUCGAAGACCUUCCCAAUGUGAUGUAUGUGAUCGGCUAUAUCAACUCAAGCUGGACUCUCGCAGCAGACACGACAGCACAGUUCGCGUGCCGGAUCCUUAAGAAGAUGAAAGACGACGGUACGAAGAUGGUAGUCCCUCGGCUCAAGCAGAGUGAGCGGCAGAAGAUGAAGGAAGUGCCGUUCUUUCCUUUCACUUCGACGUAUGUUCAGCGGGGCAAGUCCGUGCUUCCGAAGGUGAGUGAUCGUCCUCAGUGGGAGAGACGGUCGUUCUAUUGGAGAGAUCUGGCUAUUGCUUGGUGGGGUGAUAUAGAGAGCUGCUUAGAGUGGGCUUCAUAG